AUGGUGUCUCUAAACCCGAUAAGAAUAUUGAAAAAUGAAGCUGAAGAAGAAAAGGCAGAAGUUGCCCGUUUGUCCAGUUUCAUUGGAGCCAUCGCCAUAGGAGAUCUGGUAAAAAGUACUUUAGGCCCUAAAGGUAUGGACAAAAUGUUAGUUUCCUGGGGAAGAAAUGCUGGCCAGGUGGAGGUUACAAAUGAUGGGGCUACUAUUCUGAAAUCUGUUGGAGUGGAUAACCCUGCUGCCAAAAUUUUAGUAGAUAUGUCUAAAGUUCAAGAUGAAGAGGUUGGAGAUGGUACAACUUCUGUCACUGUUUUGGCUGCUGAACUUCUUAGGGAAGCUGAAAAGCUCAUAGAACAGAAACUGCACCCACAGACAAUCAUUGCUGGAUGGCGUAUUGCAGUUGAUGCUGCCAAACAGGCUUUGUCUGAUUCAAGCUUUGAUCACCAGAAAAACUUUGAUGAGGCUGCUCUGCGUGCCGACCUUGAAAACAUUGCUCGUACGACACUCAGUUCCAAGAUUCUGUCUAAUCACAAAGAACACUUUACAAAAUUAGCUGUAGACGCAGUACUUCGCUUAAAAGGGUCUGGUAACCUUAAGGCUAUUCAAAUUAUCAAAAUAUCUGGUGGUGUACUAGAGGAGUCUUUCCUGGAUGAAGGUUUUCUUCUUAAUAAAAAGGUGGGAGUUCAUCAACCCAAAAAGUUAGAAAAUGCCAAUAUCUUGAUAGCCAAUACUCCCAUGGAUACUGACAAGAUCAAGGUAUUUGGUUCUACCAUCAAAGUAGACUCCAUGGCCAAAAUAGCUGAACUGGAAGUUGCAGAGAAAGAGAAAAUGAAAGAUAAAGUUAACAAGAUUCUUGGUCAUAAAUGCAAUGUCUUUAUUAACAGACAGCUCAUCUACAAUUAUCCAGAGCAGUUGUUCGCCGACGCUGGCGUGAUGGCUAUUGAACACGCUGAUUUCGAUGGUAUUGAACGGCUGGCGCUUGUGACUGGCGGCGAAAUCGUUUCCACGUUCGACUCACCGGAGAAAGUUAAAUUGGGACACUGCAAACUCAUUGAGCAGGUUUUGAUCGGUGAUGAGUGCCUUAUUCGUUUCUCGGGCGUCGAGCUAGGCUCUGCUUGCACGGUUGUAAUUCGCGGUGCGACGCAACAAGUGAUCGAUGAGGCCGAGCGGUCUCUGCACGAUGCGCUCUGUGUACUCGCCGCAACCGUUAAGGAACCUAAAGUCGUGUUCGGAGGCGGUGCGAGCGAGAUGCUGAUGGCGGAAGCGGUGUCGCGCGUGGCGGCGCGCACAGCAGGCAAGGAGGCGGCCGCCACCGAGGCCUUCGCCGUGGCACUGCGCCGCCUGCCCGCCGCCGUGGCCGACAACGCUGGCUAUGACUCCGCCGACCUCAUAGCGCGCCUGCGCGCCCACCAUGCUCAGGGCGAGCUCACCAUGGGACUCGAUAUGCAAAAUGGACGUGUGGGUGAUAUGAAAAAAUUAGGUGUGACCGAGUCAUACGUUGUGAAGCGACAAGUGCUGGUGUCGGCCGCCGAGGCCGCCGAGAUGAUCCUCCGCGUCGACAACAUACUGAAGUCGGCGCCGCGUCGCAGGGGGCCCGACCGCCGCCCGUGCUAG